AUGUUUGGAAAGAGGAGGCAGGUAAGAAAAUUACUUAUAUGGGUUGUCUUACUGUUGAUAGUUUACUUUUUUGGUUUGCAAUUUAGAGCCAAAAACUCAGCUCAUCAGUCUUCCAUCAGGAGCUUUUAUGCGGAUAACAAAGAGUUUUUUGAUCGGCAAUACAGCAGAUAUGACGAGUAUGAUAUCAUAGACAACAUGAAUAGCCAUAACGAGUUACUACAGGAACAGUUUCGCAAUGGAAAGCUCGCUGCGGGACUCAGAGGUGUAGCCGAAGAACCUAAUUCCGAUGAGGUUACAGAUGACACUGCCAUCGAAGAAGACGAGCAAGCUGCAAUGAUUAAUUUCCCGAAGAGAUCUCCCCAGAGAGAGAAGAGUCUAGUUGAGUUACGCAAGUUUUACAAGAACGUGCUUUCGAUUAUAAUCAACAACAAACCUGCUAUGCCAAUUGAAAAUCCUCGUGAUCCCACACCUAACGAAAACGCACUCAAGAGAAAGUUCGGUAAAAGUGGAAUCAUCAACAUUGCUUUACAUGACACCGAUCCUUCGCUGCCUAUUCUUUCUGAAGCGUAUCUCCGGGACUCGUUGCAGUUGAGCCCCUCUUUUAUUGCCUCAUUGUCCAAAUCCCACAGCGCCGUGGUAAAGGCGUUUCCCCCUUCCUUUCCUGCGAAUGCAUAUAAUGGGACAGGAAUUGUAUUUAUUGGUGGUCAAAAGUUUUCCUGGUUAUCAUUACUUUCUAUCGAAAACCUUAGGAAAACAGGAUCCAAAGUACCUGUCGAGUUGAUAAUCCCAUUUGCACAUGAAUAUGAACCUCAAUUAUGUGAAGAGAUACUACCAAAGUUGAAUGCUACUUGCGUUCUUUUGCAGGAGACUGUGGGAAUUGAUCUGCUUAAAUCUGGACAUCUCAAAGGGUACCAGUUUAAGUCAUUAGCGCUUUUGGCCUCCUCUUUUGAGCAGGUUCUACUAGUAGACUCUGAUAACAUCAUUGUUGAAAAUCCAGACCCCAUAUUUGAUUCAGAGGUUUUUCAACGGACGGGAUUAGUGUUGUGGCCUGAUUUCUGGAGGCGCGUUACCCAUCCUGAUUACUAUAAGAUUGCUGGCAUCAAGUUGGGCUCUGAACGAGUAAGGCAUGUUGUUGACUCCUACACUGACCCCUCGUUGUAUACCUCUAGUUCGGAAGAUCCCUUUACCGAUAUUCCUUUGCAUGAUAGGGAAGGGGCAAUUCCAGAUGGUUCCACAGAAUCUGGCCAAAUACUAAUAUCCAAGACCAAACAUUGCCAAACGAUCCUUCUAUCUUUGUAUUAUAACUUUUUUGGACCAGAUUACUACUACCCUCUGUUCACCCAAGGAGCAAGCGGAGAAGGAGAUAAAGAGACCUUUUUAGCUGCUGCUAACUACUAUAAACUACCAUUUUACAACAUCAAGAAAGGUGUGGACGUCAUUGGAUAUUGGAAGCCUGACCAAUCUGCAUAUCAGGGUUGCGGUAUGCUGCAAUACGACCCAAUCGUAGAUUAUCAAAACUUACAAACAUUUUUAAAGACUCAUAAAGGCUCAAGGGUCAACAAACUUGAACAGUCGGAGCUAGACAAACCCGGAUUACUAUCCAGAUUAAUACCAAAAUUUUUCUUUCGCAAAACUUUUGAUGAGCAUCAGCUUCAGAGUCAUUUCACCAAGGACAGAUCUAAGAUCAUGUUUAUACACUCAAACUUUCCAAAACUAGACCCAUUUGGAUUGAAGCUUCACAACUAUCUUUUUGUAGAUCAAGACACUCAUAAACCAAGGAUAAGAAUGUAUGCGGACCAAACAGGACUUUCAUUUGACUUUGAGCUCCGUCAAUGGAUUAUCAUUCAUGAAUACUUUUGUGAGUACCCAGAUUUCAACUUGAAAUAUUUGGAGAACGCUAACGUGAAGCCUCAAGAUUUAUGUAUGUUCAUCAAGGAAGAGCUAAACUUUUUACAGAAUAACCCAAUACAAUUGACGUGA